AUGGACGACCAUUCGGGCCUUUCCCAGGGCUCCAAGUCAGUUUUCUCACUCGCGAUGGUGGCUUGGCUCGUCCUACUCUGGGUCGGCUAUAGAAUUGCCAUUGCAUUAUACAACAUUUCGCCCUUCCAUCCACUCGCCAAAUUCCCUGGCCCGAAGAUCGCAGCUGCCACCUACCUGUACGAGGCGUACCACGACUGGUGGCUUGGAGGACGCUAUGGAAAAGUCAUCGCCCGCAUGCAUGAGCAAUAUGGACCCAUCGUACGCAUAAACCCAGACGAACUACACUGCUCCGACCCUGCCUUCACGGAUGAGAUCUAUGCCGGUCCUGGACGUCCACGCGACAAGUGGCAGCAUCAAUUGAACACUGGAGGAGCCGGACCUGUUUCGGUAACUGGAUUUUCGACUGUCGACCAUGACCUCCACCGUGCCCGCAAGGCUCCAUUAAGCAAGUUCUUUUCGCGCCAACAGAUGUUGAAGCUCGAAGGCGAAGUGCAUGAAUUUGCCGUAAUGACGGCAGACAAGAUGCUCACCUAUGCCGGCAAGACCGCUUUCGAUGUCAAGGAAGCGUUCAACUGCUAUACUGCCGAUGUCAUCUCUCAGUACGCAUUCGGUGAGCCCAUGGGCUUUGUUGCUCAGGAAGGCUGGGAGCCGAACUUCGCAACCUGGGUCAAGUCGUUCUUCAAGAGUGCGUAUAUGAUGCGCCACAACGCGUUGGGCAGAAAGAUGGCUCAGGUCCUGCCAUUCAUGGCCGAUUACCUCGGUGAAGAUAUCAAGGCUGUCAUGCGUGUCAUGAAUGUGACCAUUCCUCAGUACAUUGGCCAGGCCUUGAAGAACCCCGAGAAUGGACGUGUUUUCGCUGAGGUCAUGGGCAAGAACAAGACCAUGUCAGAGGAGGAGAAGUUCCGCUACAACGGUGAAGGCUUCAACUUCCUGCUUGCGGGCACCGAAACUACUGCUGCUAUUCUUACUGUUUUCACAUACUGGAAUCUCGCAAAGCCGGAGAUUUACCAGAGACUGAUGGCUGAUCUCGCUACCGCUGGUAUCAACACACAGACUGUGAAGUGGGUUGAGCUGGAGAAGGUGCCUUACUUCUGGGCUGUUCUGCAAGAGUGUUUGCGUAUGAUGCCCGGCGUGUCUCAUCGAUCUGCCAGAAUCGCGCGCCAGGAGGACCUGCACUAUGUAUCCGCUGAUGGCAAGUCUGACUGGGUGAUUCCAAGGGGUACACCUAUCGGUAUGACAUCCAUGAUCAACCACUGGAACAGGGAGCUUUUCCCCGACCCUGACGAGUUCCUUCCCGAGCGUUGGCUGUUGGAAGAUGGAUCGCAAAACUAUGCGCUCCAGAAGAAGCUCAUUGCGUUCGGAAAGGGAAGCCGCAGCUGUAUUGGUGAGCAACUGGCGUACUGUGAGCUGUACAUUAUGGGCGCGUACAUGUGCCUCAAUGUUCUUCCGAGGGCGAAGCUUGUGGACACCGUGAAGGAGGACAUUUCGUACGACCACGACUUGAUUGUUGCGCAAACGACCAAGGGUUCCAUCUCGGUGAAGAUCGCGAUCGAGUAG